UGUGUCCGCACACAAGUUGCGGCCUGCUCCACGUCCAGCCGCGGCCUAGCCUGAGCUGAGGAGCUCACAUAGAGCGGCCCGGGGGAAAUAUGAGGCGGGAGUGAGAGGACCUUCUCAGCCUAAAUAAACUGGGAUUCAGGAAAAGAGUUUUCAGAGAAGUCCUCCAUCUCCUGUGUCUUCCUCCUUCGAUAAUCCGAAAUACACCGAUCAGCCAUAACAUUAUCACUAGUCACAGGGACUGUAUUUUAUUACUGUGGUGACUGGCAUCAGGAAUAUGGGGGAAGAGUACAAAAUCCAGGCCUUUGAUGCAGACACACAGAAUCUCCUUAAGACAGCCUUGAAAGAUCCAGCAAGUGUAGAUCUGGAGAAGGUGGCCAAUGUAAUUGUGGAGCAGUCACUGCGAGAUGCUACGUUUAGCAAAGAAGCAGGGAAAAUGUGUUACACUAUUAUUCAGGCAGAGAGCAAACAAACAGGCCGAAGUGUCUUCCGCAGUGCACUCUUAAACAGACUGCAGAGUGAAUAUCGGAAUCGAGAGGAGAUGAGAGCCCGGUCCGUGCAAGAGUGGGUGUGCUAUGUCAGCUUUAUCUGCAAUGUCUUUGACUAUCUGAGGGUGAAUAAUAUGCCGAUGUUGGCCUUGGUCAAUCCUGUGUAUGACUGCCUUUUCGAGCUGGCACAGCCUGAGAGUCUGCAGAGAGAGGAAGAGGUGGACUGUCUAGUUCUGCAGUUGCACCGUGUUGGGGAACAGUUGGAGAAGAUGAAUGCACAGAGAAUGGAUGAGCUUUUUUCUAUCGUAAGGGAUAGUUUCCUACUUCAGAAUGGACUGGGAUCAUUGGCUCAGCUUCUCUUGCUUGAGAUGAUUGAGUAUCGGGCAGCCGGCUGGAAAAUGACAGACGCCGCACACAAGUAUUACUACAGUGAGAUGGCCGAUUGACGUGGACUUGAAGUUGAUUUUAAGAAAAGGACCAUUAUUUAGGUUAACGUGUUUCCUGCCAGGGGAGCCAGUACACUCUGCAAUAAUUAUAUUCUAGAUUAAGCACAAACACUUUCCUGAUAGGUGCUCAGUCCCUUGCAGUAAUGUUUGACUUUAAGGGUUUUAUUUACUGGAGCUUGAAAAAUCGGGCUCACUUCUGCAUCAGUUUCUAACCUCAGCUUGUUCAAAUAGAUUUGGCAAUAAAACCCUGGAAGCUGAUUGGUUUCUAUGUAAAAGUGAGCCUGAUUUUGCACUCUCCAGCUUCAGUAAAUAAACCCCUAAGGGUCUGUUGACACCUGCUGCUGUGUUACAACAUAGUCACUGGUGUGCGGUGGGAUGACUGCAGUGCCGAUGUUGAUUGUGGCACACUGCACUGUUCACUUUUUUUGUAAACAAACUUUAUUGAAAUGUCGCACAUGACAUUUCAUUAAGUUGUAUUGGUUGCUGCGAGGUGGUCUGAACCAGCCAGGUAGGGAACAAGGCAUUUUGCUAUAGGACUGCACUGGAAUGUCUGCCCAACACAGUCCUAUUGCACCUGUUGUCAAUCUACUUUAAUGGUUCCUUUACACCAGCAGCAGCCCUGGCUGCCUCUCUGAAAAGUGAUUUGACCCAUGACAAGGGGUAUCAUUUUUACCACGAAGCAAAGCGGCACAGGCGUGGCAUGUGUACAGCCCCACCCCCUGUUGCAUUGUGUUAAAGGGGGGGGGGGGCAGUAAAACCAUGCAUCAACCACCUAUUUUCAUUUACUCCUCCCCAUCAUAUGGUCUUAACUGCUGACUGUGGCGGAUCACUUUGUCUGCAGUGGUUACCAGGUGAUUGGGAGGGGAUAUGCCAACUGUUUUCCACACCUGUGUCGUGGCAGGUAGUAUUGCCUUUCGAACACAACAUAACUUUUUAUUUUACUGCAAAGCUGCGUUUCAUAGCAAUAGGUAUGGUGCUGCCCAGCAGACAUUGCUUGGUUUUUUGAGUCCUAGUAUAAUCUACAAUGAUAGGUGGGUACGUAUGAGUCAAGUUGCAUGGCUGCUAAUGACCUCUAUGGUGUCCACCUCUAUUCUACAGUGGAAGUGUAGAGUCAAUCUCUGUGUCUUGGCGCUGGGAACCUGCAUGACACGAGACCAGAUCCCAGAUGACACAGAACUGGUCUUCAGUGGUGGUGCAGUCUAAACAGUUCAGCCCAACCUAUACUAGGCAGCCUAUUGUAAAAGAGAGACCAGGAUGAUAACAGAUUUGUUCAUUUCUGUGCUGGUCAUUUUAUGAAAAUACAAGCAAAACAUUUUUGGUGUAAAUAAAAUGAAAUUGUAUCAGUGGAAUAAAUCCACAUGAAAUCUGCCAUAAAGUAAAAUGCCAGCAUGGGAAGCUUCAGCUAGAGGCUACCAUGCUAGGUCCCAUGCCCUAUUAAUUUGGUAGUUUGAAGCUGAUACUAUUUAGCUUCAUUAUGUCCUCUCCUUGGCCCUAGUAUGCAGCCCAGAAGUUGGAUAAUAGCAGCUUUGGUCUGAGACUUCUCACAUGGGUACUUUAUUUUGUGGCAUGUGCUUUUAUAUAACUGACUGGUUGUUGUUUAGUUGUGCAUGUUAGCUUGAAUUCUUGGAUGUACCAAAAAGAAAGAAAACCUAUGCUUUGUAAAGGUUUCUUUAAAGUGGUUGUAAACCUCGAAAAUUAACAGAGCAUAUCCCUCUGUAGUGUGCACCAGCCCCAAUUCAAAGCACCUUGUGUAAUUUCUGUCUGUAUAAAUCAUUUCUGACAGGUUAUCUGGACAUAGCCUCCCCCAGCACACAGCAGGUGGUUGACAGCCUCAGCUGUUCAUGUUUCUCUAUGAGAGUUUGUAGAGGGGAGUGUUUCUUUUCCUGAGUGUGCAACAUCAGAUCCCUGCUUGCAGGAGCUGAGAAAUUGCCUUUGAUUUGUGUGUUUUAGGAGGCUGUAGAGGAGAGAGGGCUACAGAUAAAAGGGUACAAGUUAUGUAGGAGGAUUCAUUUCAUCUCUGUGCAUCAUCUGAGGCCAGUCACUUCGCUGGGUUAGGCUCCAUGCACACUAGCAUUUUUUUCUUCUCCUAGAAGCUACAUUUUGUAUGUGCACACUACUUUAGGCUAUUGGUGUUUUUUGAGCUUCAGCAUCUAGGAGCAAGAAAAAGUCAUGUUUCUUUGAGGGUUUUUCCGGGGGAAACGUGCCUAAAUGCUACAAAUAGCAUUUUUUAUAAAGCUUUUUUCCCUUUUACUGCAAAAAAAAAAAAAAAAAGCUAACACUCAAAUGGCUGCUGAAACGCUACUACAAAAAGCUAUUACCAGCGGUUUUUCCAGCUUUUAUUGUUUACCUUAAAAAAAAAAAAAAAAAAA